AUGCCUUCAAACCGAGCUGCUUGGGUUGUGAUCCAAGGUAAACCUCUCGAAGUCAACGAAGCUCCUUACACUCCACCUGGACCAAACGAAGUUGUAGUAAAAAAUGCUGCUGUAGCCAUUAAUCCUGUGGACUGGCUACUACCAAACGUCGUCAGCAUGUUCACACCUCAAGUCAAACUCCCAUUCGUCUUUGGCGAUGAUUGCGCAGGUACAGUCGUCGAAGUCGGACAGGGAGUCAAGACUCUCAAGGUCGGCGAUCGUGUACUCGGCUUAGCAGUCAGCUUCGAUAAACGCUCCAACAAGGCAAGCGAAGGUGCUUUCCAAGAGUACAUUGUGCUGAGAACAAAGCUCACAAGCAAGAUCCCGGAUUGGAUGUCCUUCGAGUCUGCAUCGGUCAUACCGUUAGGUUUGGCGACUGCAGCGUGUGGAUUGUUCCUUGAAGACUUUCUUGGUCUUCAGCUGCCCACUGCCCCUAAACCGCAGAAGCCUACUGGAGAGACUGUGAUAAUCUGGGGAGGAAGCACGAGUGUUGGAUGCAAUGCAAUCCAGCUAGCUGUCGCCGCUGGUUACGAAGUCAUAUCUACCGCUUCACCCAAGAACCACGAAUACUUGAAGCGUCUUGGCGCCACCGAAGUAUACGACUACAAAAGCCCGACAGUAGUGCAGGACAUCAUAGCCACCAUGAACAACAAACACAGGAUCUCUGCUGGUGCAUACGCAAUCGGCGUCGGAUCUCUGACGGCCUGUAUCGACAUCCUCAGCAAGACUAAGGGCAAGAAGUUCGUUGCGCAGGCCAGUCACGAUAUCCCAAUGAAGGAGUUUCCAACAAACAUGCUUGCAAUCAUGUGGAAGAUGGGAUCCAGCUUUGUUGGAUGGAAGCUCAAGGGCCUUAUGAGUGGUGUAGGAUAUAAGUUCGUCUGGUCGACAGAAGUCAUGGCGAACAAGCUCGGCUCCGACAUUCAUGAGAGGUUCCUGCCAGUUGCACUUGCCGAGAGAUCGUUUUUGCCAGCUCCAGAGCCUCAGGUCGCUGGCAGAGGUCUCGAGGGAAUCGAAGAAGCAUUCCAGGUUGCCAAGGAAGGUGUUAGUGCAAAGAAGAUUGUCGUUAGUCUUUGA